CAUGGCGGUUAGCACGUACCAUGUCUUAUCCUUAACCUAUUGUUUCUAAAGGUGAGGUCACUACACUAUAUUUCUCAUGCCUAGAAUGGUGUCUGGCACAUAGUAGGUAUUCGAUAAAUAUUUGUUAAAUAGACGGAGCCAGGUAUUAGUGCUUCAACUUCGGUGGUUUCUAGCAGUGCCACACUUUCCAUGGGAAAGAUGCCUGGGAGCAAGAAAGGGGUGGGGGUGGUAACACAAACCUCGAGCUUUACUCCCUUUCCUAUGAUCCAUAAUCCAUGAGAAUUUUGAGACCAAAUUUCAAAAGCCUCAGAUGAAGGAGGUGGAGAAAAAUUUUUUCCAUUUUUUUCAACCCACCUAUCCUUUCCAUUCCCCAUUAGUAGGGUCUGAAUGUGACAACUAGUGUGUUACAAUCCAUGUCUGCUCUAAGAUGAUUACUAAAAAUUCUGUCAUGAAUGAUCUGUAAACUUUAGUAUCCUUUAUCUAUUAAAUAAAUCCAGAUAUUUAAGUUGAAAGAAUAUGAGAGUUGAAAUUAAAAAUUGUUUUAAAGAUUUAAAAUUCUCAGUUCUUUCAACAAUGCCCUACCAAUGCAAUAAACCACAGCUAAAGUGGCUUCAACAAUGGUGGAUCAUUUGGAAAUCAUUUGUGUAUACAAAAGACAUAGAGUUUGAGUCUCUUUGGAAAAUCAGAUGCUAAAUAGCCCUGCAGCCAAGUAGCUGUUAUGAAAGCAGAGGAGCAGUAGGCACCUUCCCAUUGGCUGGGGGGAUUUAUCCAGAUGUCUGGCUACACAUAAAAGACAGGAACUACUGAAGUCAGCUUCCACUUCCCCUCAAAGGGUGAUAGUAUAAACAGCAAAAAGGAAGAUGGCAAGACUCUUGUUACUUUUUCUUGCAGGUCUUGUGGCCGUAGGUGAGGUGCAUGGAAUAUUUAUGGACAGACUUGCUUCCAAGAAGCUCUGUGCAGAUGACGAGUGUGUCUAUACUAUUUCUCUGGCCAAAGCUCAAGAAGAUUAUAAUGCCCCAGACUGUAGAUUCAUUAACGUUAAAAAAGGGCAGCAGAUCUAUGUUUACUCAAAACUGGUAAAAGAAAAUGAAGCUGGAGAAUUUUGGGCUGGCAGUGUGUAUGGCGAUCACCAGGAGGACGAGAUGGGAACAGUGGGCUAUUUCCCCAGCAACUUGGUCGAGGAGCAACAUGUGUACCAGGAAGCCACAAAGGAAGUUCCUACCACAGAUAUUGACUUCUUCUGCGAGUAACAAAUUAGACAAAUCUGCAGAUAGAAAGGAAACACGCAAAAUAAAGAAAAAAGCAAAUAUAACCAAAAAUACAUGUCUGACUUUUGUUUCCAAGUUAUGUUACUUUAUAGGAGGGCUGGGGUUUGGGGCUGGAGGUGGCAAGUAAAGGCAGGGCUUCAACUCAAGUCUUGUUUUCUGCUGGCCUGGUUAUCAUCCCACCACCUAAGCAGGGCGACAUUUGGCUCAAGUGGACAAAUUAAACACAAAUUAUCUUUCAGCCUUCUUUUACAUAGGGAUGCAUAUAGAAGAUGGUUGGUUUAUUUGUAAGCUAUUCCUAAAUAGUAAUUCUUCCAAGCUGUUUGUCUUCCUGUAUAAAGUUGGCAGAUAACAGAUAUUCCCUUUGGAUAUAAUGUUUUCUACUUAUUUGUCUCUGGCCAAUUGGAGUGUUAUAAUGUAUCCGAAGAGUCUAUAUCAUCAAGGAGUAGUAUUCUAGGAUUGUUACUUUUAAUAUUUGAUGCCUUGAGUAUGUGAAGCUGUUGGAGAAAAAUAAAAGAGCUGUUUGGAUUCACAGAUGUUUGGACUACGCUUUUAAAUUUCUCUUUGACGAAAGUCUUAGAAAUUAUUUCAAUUGGGUAAUUUUACCCUCUGAUCAAUUUACUUCUCUCUACAUUUUAAAUAUAUAUGUGUUUAUA